AACAGACUUUGGACUUCAAAGAAAUGACGGGGAAAACACCUGACUUCAAACCAGUUCAAAUUUGCCGCAUUUUGAUGCGUAAGUGGCGCCCUCACACAAACAAAACUCAAAGCAGAAGGCGCCUUCUCGAAAACCCCCAUAACGAUCUACGCAAAACAAGAGUUUGUGUUUGUACACAUUGUGCGCUGCAAGUGCAAGAUUGUGUUUCUGUUUGGUUCACAGGGAUUUGUCUCAACUAAAUGCUGUUAAUGGACGUGCACGUCUGUCCAUGAACAUGCUUAGUAUUUCCCCUUGAACGUUUUGAGAACGCCUAUCGGCUCCAUGGCUUGGCUUUAGAGCGAACCAUGCUGCCUGUUUGGACACUACAGAACCUCUCUGUCGUCUCAUAUUUAUUCGCUGCAGUGCUUUCUUAUCAGGACAUUUCUAUUAAAUAGUUAAAGGAAUCCCUUCCUGCGCCUAUUCAUCUUUUUCUUCUCAACACGAUUGCUGUAGCAUUGCCACCCUGUUUCCCAAAACUUUGACUGCACUUUGUCAAAAAUGGAGCAGCCACCUGAUUGUAAGGACGAGUUACAGGCUACUGAUGAUCAUGGCCCUAUUUCAAUAGUGAUGGUGACUGCCGAUCAGGCUCAGGAAAUGUCUAACCAAAUUCAGUCAUCCGAAAACAAUGUAGAAGUGGAAGUUUCACAAGCAGAUGAGAUUCAACAUGUGCUUCAGCGAAAUCUAACCUGGGCAACAGUUGAUGAUGCUUCACGUUUGGAUGGCGCUAGUGUAGUGUCCUUGGCUGGACAUGAAGGUAGUGUCAUUGUUUUAGGGAAAAUGGAAAAUGGUCAGAUUGUUACACAUCGAGAUGAUGGCCAAGACAUUCUUCUCAUGGUGGAAUUGAAGUACAAAGAUGUUCUGCUGCAGGACUUACAAAAUCAAGCUCAAAAUCAGAUCCAGCCGCAAGCUGAUUCAGCUCACCUAAAGCAACAUGCCAUCACAUAUGCUGCUCCUACUAAGUCGCGGGUCAUUAAUUAUGUUUCCGAACCUCAAUCUAACGGUCUCAUUAAGGCAGCUCCUCAAUUGGCUUUUACAACUGAGGCGCAAGGAAUUGCUUCAAAUGCCCAUACUGUCGCGUACACUGAAGAUGAGACUCCCAUCACUCUUGGCAAAACUCAUGUCCUAGCAUAUGAUGCGCAAGGGAAUGCUCAAACCAUUGCUUACCCUGGUCUUCAACCACUGACUCUAGCUAAAGGCCAGACCAUCAGUUACAUUACCGAUGGAACAACUUUACCCUCAACGUCACAAUUUGCUGACAGUUCCACUGUCCUUGCUAAAGAUCAGACCUUAACAUUUUCCACUGGAGGAGCUUCUCUUGGAUCCAAUACUCAUGUAAUAUCUUUUGUACCAGAGGGUGCUUUGGGCCGUUCUCAGAUAAUAGAGUAUACCACUGAUGAUAUUGUUGAUGGAAAGGUAACAUUUAGCCACAUAGAAAACUCUGCCUCUCCUAAAAUAGAAAGUAUAGUGUUUGAGGACAGUUUAUCAGAGAGUAUGGGUGAGACAAUCACAGGAGAUAUCAAUGAUGGUGACCCUGCAAAAAAGGGAGCUUCUGAAAAAGGCUUGAAACCAUUUCCAUGCAGUGCGUGUCCCAAGAGGUUCAUGCGACGGACGAACUUGCGGGCCCACAUGGCGCAGCACAGCGACGCCCGGCCACACAUCUGCGACACCUGUGGGAAAAGUUUUGCCAUGAGGUGGGACCUUACUCUGCAUGCCCGUUUACACACGAGCCUUUAUCAAUGUGAUAUUUGUGGUAAAUCCUUCUCUGGGAAAGGUAAACUGGAUAGACACCGGAGAGUCCAUUCUGGAGAGCGCCCAUUUUCAUGCAUCACUUGCAACAAGGCAUUCUCGGACAAACACAACCUAGAAGCCCAUAUUAAAACACAUUCAGAUCAACGGCCGUACACCUGUGCUGUGUGCGCGCGCUCAUUUCGAUCCAGGUCACAUCUCCGUGCUCACCGAAGAGUUCAUAGUCAGGACACUCCCUUUACCUGUCAUCUGUGUGGAAAGUCUUUUAAAUGGAAAGCAAAUUUAAAUUUACAUCUUAAGGUGCACAAUGGAGAACGGGUGAAAUGUGAUAAGUGUGGAAGGGAGUUUGCCCGAAGAGGAGAUUUAGUGCGACAUCGGCGCUCCCAUGAGGGCCUUCGUCCGCAUUCUUGCACUCUCUGCCCUCGAACAUACGCCGACAGAGCUGCUCUCAACAAACACUUAAAAAGUCAUCAAGAGCAUAGACCAUUCACCUGCGAUAUUUGUAACAAGAGUUUCCACUUUUUGUGGUACUUAAAUGCCCACAAGAAGAUGCAUUUGGAAGAGAAGCGGUACAAAUGCCAUUUGUGUGAAAAGGAGUUUAUGAAAAAGGGAGGUCUUACUGCACAUCAAAAAAUACACAACUCUUAUAUUUUAGAAGAGGAGAAGCCUGAUGGUGUUGUUGGUGUAUCUGGAACUGAAAGCAAUUCUUUAGAAGGGGUGGAAAUCAUCCACACUGCACCUCUAGAGCCAGUCGUAAGAAUGAAGGUUGAAGAUGGAAUGGCUGAUAUAAAGAUGGAUUUGAGCCACGUUUCUGCACUGAACUCCAACUCAGAUUCUGUUGGAGUAGUAAUGAGUACCUUAGAAGUAGUGAAUCCAGACACAGUUGUUGAUUCCUCACUGUUAAAUGAUGCCAAUUUGUGAUUUGUGGUUGCCUAUUAAGUGCACCUAGAGUAAGGAUACAUAAAUAUAUGAGCAACUUUAUUUUAAAACUUUGUACAAAGCUUUGAUAUUUAUUUGCUCUAGUAUUAGAACUUUAUAUCUUAUGACAUAUUCUCUACUUUAUGGGCAAGGCUGUGAUCAUAAUCACUCACUCCAUUGUUCAUCUCCACUCCCACCCCACCUUAGUGAUAAUUAAUAAUAAAUGAUGAUCCAGUAUCUUCUCUCCAAUUUUGUACUUUGAUUUUGUUAUAUUAUUUUAAAAUAUUGUCUUUUGUUCUUAAAAGUGUCCAUUGUUCUUUUAGAACCUGUUGAUCUAACGUUUUUUUAUUUUGCAUUCUCAAAAUCCAUUACAGAAUCAAAACUUAAUCAAAGGAAAACGGUAUUCUGGUUGCAGUUUAAUGCUUGUGAAUUAUAUUUUGUAAGGCAGGAACCUUAAAUGGUUGUGAUAUUUAUUAGGGGGCACUAAUCUGUUUCUUCUCUGUUUUGUGUUGAAAUUUUUAUGUUAUUGGAUGAAAAAUCUAUACUGCCAUCAAGGCACGCAUUGACAAACAAAAAUAGUCUGUGAUUUUCCUUUUACAUACAUUUAAGUCGAUGUUAUGUGCUUCACUACAUACUUUUGUUCUUGUCUUCCAGCGAAGGUGUCUCAAAAUUUGGUUUGGAACCGUCCUGUUUCAAAGGAGCUAAUCAUUUCUAAAUGUCUCAGUAGUCAUUUUCUAGAUUCACAGUAAAAAAUUUCCUUGGCUAACCUUGUAAUAUAUGGUUAGUGGCUACAUAGUAUAUAACAAGAACCAUGUUAAAUAAUUUAUGUGUUCUGCAAUGUGAGAGUGAGUUUCCCUCAUAUUUUGGUUUUGAUCUGCCUUGAUCCCUGUAUUUUUCCCUCUCUGCUGUAAAUUAGGCAGUAAAGAAAGGUAUUUUCUUAAAACCCCUAUGAUUGUGAUGUUCAUUCUGUUAGAAGCUUUUCCUUGUCCAGUGUGAAAAUUUUGAAUUCAAAUCUGAUUCCACAUAUUUUAUUUGAUUAGCUCUGUUUGUAUUCUACCCAUCACUUAUAUUGUGUUUAUUUAUUAUAGCGUUGCAGAAUUUUAAAUUAAGCAUCACUCUACACCUUGUCUCAUGACGUGGUCCCUUUUGAAAAUGAAGGGGGUUAUUGAAUGUAAUUCGUUUUACAGUCUAAAGUAUUAUUUAGAAUAUAGUCUGAAUUAGGCAGCAAUGUGAAGACCUGAAUUUGCCAAUCGCAAGUCUUUUCCUAAUAUCUGUGUAACUGUUGGUAAUAGUGUUUACUACUACAGUAUGUGUUUAUCUCAUGUCCUAAUACUGGUUCAUUGUUUGUGAAUCUUAGUAUUCUGGAGUGUGAUGAGUACUAUUUGCUUCUGUGAGAUAUUGUAGCUAAGGAAAAGGAAAUGUGGUUGUGGUGUAGUAAACAAAAAUGUAGAAGGGAAUUUGGUGCUGACUGUUUUUCCUGCUACCAUGCUUUGUGAUUUUUUUCCUUUACGGUGCUAGUGUUUGUGUAAAGUUAGAUGAAUCCCUGUAUGCAUUUUGUACUUCUCAAUACAUUUAUUCUUUUUUUUUUUUUUCGUUUUGUCUGAGGUGUAAGUAGUUAACAGUAUGCUCUGUUUACAAAUGGUUAGCAGCAUGUUUUCAAGUUUUUUCAGGUUUUCAAGUACAUGGAUUCCUUCACAGCUCAGCAGUCUUUGCCAGUUCAUUUUUCAAAUUUUCAGAUCAAUCAUAAGCUUCCACUUUAUGUGCUGAAUUGUAAUUAUGACUUUAUUGUUAGAUAUUUCCUAUCGAUACUAUCUACUGGGUGAUAUGUUUUUUCUGUUAUGACUUUGAUUUAAUGUAAUCAAGGCUUAGUUUAUUACUAGGUUUCAAGCCUGAGGGGGAUGAACAUGUUAGACUAUGACUCAUUGUUUUAAUUUAAUGAAACACUACUUAAGCUUGUUAACUGAUGUGGAUCAUUCCAUUGACUGUUACAUCAAUGAUAUUUGUGGACUUGACUUUUGGUUCAUGUUUGUGUGUAUAUUUUUAUUUAUGUCCCACAACAUUUUUCUUUCUUAAGUAAUUUGAAACUUGGUUUGUAUUGUGUCAGUAUGGUGAUAAUAGUGUACAACAGUAAUGUGUGUGAAAGGAAGUUUGUUUUGGGACGUUAUAAUUCAUAUUGAAUUAUAGUUGAUUUAUAAGGAAA